GGUAUCUCUGGGGAAGAUGGCUACCGAGGCUACCCUGGCGAUGAAGGAGGACCUGGUGAGCGAGGCCCACCUGGUGUGAAUGGGACACAAGGUUUCCAGGGCUGCCCAGGCCAGAGAGGAGUCAAGGGUUCUCGAGGAUUCCCAGGAGAGAAGGGUGAACUGGGAGAGAUUGGCUUGGAUGGUCUGGAUGGUGAAGAGGGAGACAAGGGGUUACCUGGUUCAUCUGGAGAAAAGGGGAGUCCUGGAAGAAGGGGCGACAAAGGACCCAAAGGAGACAAAGGAGAGAGAGGAGAUGUUGGAAUUAGAGGUGACCCGGGUGACUCAGGACGGGACAGCCAGCAGAGAGGACCCAAAGGAGAGACGGGUGACAUCGGCCCCAUGGGUCUUCCAGGCAGAGACGGCAUCCCGGGAAGGCCGGGAGAUCCUGGGAAGGAUGGUGGCUCUGGCCGAAGGGGACCUGCAGGAGCUAAGGGCAACAGGGGCGGUCCUGGCCAGCCAGGCUUCGAGGGAGAGCAGGGUACCCGAGGCUCACAGGGCCCUCCUGGUCCCAUUGGUCCCCCAGGCCUGAUUGGGGAGCAAGGAAUUCCUGGACCUCGGGGAAGUGGAGGUACUGCUGGGGCUCCUGGAGAGCGUGGCAGAACUGGCCCGCUGGGGAGGAAGGGUGAGCCAGGAGAGCCAGGACCGAAGGGAGGCAUCGGGAACCGUGGACCCCGUGGGGAGACGGGAGAUGAUGGGAGAGACGGGGUUGGCAGUGAAGGACGGAGAGGCAAAAAGGGAGAAAGAGGAUUCCCUGGGUAUCCAGGACCAAAGGGUACCCCUGGUGAGCCAGGGGCAGAUGGACCACCAGGACCUAAAGGCAUCAGAGGCCGAAGGGGAAAUUCAGGACCUCCAGGGAUAGUCGGACAGAAGGGAGACCCUGGCUACCCAGGGCCAUCUGUAAGUAUCCAUUCAAUUCCUAACAAGUCACUGGGUGGAAGGAAGGGUGGCGGGUGUGUCUGAUCUCGGAAAUUUCCA